AGUCUUUCAUUAACUCCAAGUCACCGUUUGGGUGCAAUUUCAAAAUUCUCAUCAAAUUGAUGAAAUGAAAUGAUAGAACAUUAUGUCUUAGUGGAUGUUAUCAUGGAUAGCAAAGACUAAGAAAUCAAUUAUCUGCUAGCAACUAUCACACUAAGGAAAAAAAAGUAAUUACAAUUUAUAAUGAAUAGAAAGAAACAAUUAAUUACAAUUUAAAAUUCUCGUCCAAUUGAUGAAAUGAAAUGAUAGAACAUAAUGAUUUAGUGGAUGCUGUCAUGGAUAGCAAAGACUAAGAAAUCAAUUACCUGCUAGCAUGUAUCACACUAAGGGAAAAAAAAUAUCAAUUAUCUUCUCUUUUGUGCUUUUGUGCAAAUUAAACUUUGGUUUUCUGGUUUUCUAGUUUUCCAUUUGUCUAUGAACAAUGAUGGAGCAUUCGCAUACUAUUCGUAAUCUAGUUUUGUUGAAAUUCUUGCGUGGCUUCAUUCUCUUAGUCUUGUGCAUGAUAAGCACAUGCCCAGAAUCUGCAACAUUUACCAGCUUUACCCUGCUUGGAAACGAAUCUGAUCGCUUGGCUUUGCUAGACUUCAAGAAAAGAAUAACUGAGGAUCCUCUCAGUGUCAUGAGCUCGUGGAAUCAUUCCGUCCACUUCUGCAGUUGGGUAGGCAUUACAUGCCACCGUGCCACCGAAAGAGUCUUGAUUCUGGACCUGGAAGAUAAACAAUUGGUAGGCUCCAUUCCACCUUCCAUUGGGAAUCUUACUUGUCUAAUUGAAAUAAGCUUGGGAAUCAACAAAUUUCAUGGUGAAAUUCCUCAAGAACUGGGUCGUCUACGUACCCUGGAAAGUCUAAACCUGUCUUUCAAUUCUUUAGGCGGGAAAAUUCCGACUAAUAUGUCCCACUGUACACAACUAAGAUUUUUCGAUCUUCUUUCCAAUAAGUUUAUUGGGUCAAUUCCAAGCCAACUCAGUUCAUGGUUGAGUUUGACUGUUCUACAACUUGGAGGAAAUAAUCUCAGUGGAACCAUCCCAUGUUGGAUAGGAAACUUUUCUUCUUUGAGGAGUCUUAGACUUGGCUCCAACAAUUUUCAAGGAAGCAUACCAAACGAGUUUGCGCAUAUAACAACCUUGAAGAUAUUCAUAGUUGGGGAGAAUAAUUUGUCUGGUAUGUUCCCUUCUUCAAUUUAUAAUAUUUCUUCCAUAUACAAGUUAAGUGUUGCUAGAAACCAACUACAUGGACAGCUACCACCAAAUCUCGGCAUCUUGUUUCCUAAUCUCGUAGCAUUUUACUGUGGUAACAACAAUUUCACAGGAAAUAUUCCUGUAUCAUUGUCAAAUGCUUCUAGACUUCAACUGAUUGAUUUUUCUACAAAUGACUUCACGGGAGCAGUCCCUGGAGAAAGUCUCGGAAGCUUGCGAAGCUUAAUUAAGCUAAGCUUUGAUGAGAAUCGACUGGGAAAUGGAAAAUUUGGUGAUAUGAGUUUUCUCAAUUUCUUGACUAAUUGUAGUAGUCUUCAAACACUGGGUCUUGGCUAUAAUCGUUUUGGGGGAGAAAUCCCGAGAUCCAUAGCCAACCUUUCGACCCAACUAAAAGUUCUUUAUCUAGGGGUUAAUUUGUUACAUGGAAGCCUCCCAAGCGACAUUGGAAAUCUUAUAAACCUUACUGAUCUAGAGAUGGGUGAUAACUAUUUGGCAGGUGUUGUCCCUGAAGAAAUUGGGAAGCUUAAGAAGAUAGGGAAACUGUAUUUGUUUGAUAACAAAUUUUCUGGGCCAAUUCCAUCUUCCCUGGGUAAUAUGACUUCAUUGAUAGAGCUUGGCAUGUACAGAAACAAUUUUGAGGGAAGUAUACCUCCAAGUCUUGGAAACUGCCAAAACCUGUUAUUACUUUCACUUUUUAAUAACAAUCUAACAGGCAGCAUACCUAAAAAGCUAAUGGAGCUUUCAACCCUUUCAAUUGGAUUAGACCUGUCUGGAAAUUAUUUGACUGGUUCAUUGCCAAGUGAAGUGGGUGAUUUGGUGCAUCUCACAGUGCUAGGUGUAUCAAACAACAAGUUAUCAGGUGAAAUCCCCAACACCAUCAGCAGUUGUACUAGUUUGGAAGGCCUAUACUUGGACGACAACAAAUUUGAAGGAACAAUUCCUCAGUCUCUUAAAGAUUUAAGGGGCUUGGAAAAACUUGAUAUUUCAAGCAAUAACUUAUCCGGGCAAAUUCCUGAAUUCAUAGGAAAGCUUAGAGCACUUAAGUAUCUCAAUCUUUCGUAUAAUGAUUUUGAAGGCGAGUUGCCUAAAGAAGGAAUUUUUUCAAAUGUCAGUGAUGUCUCAAUUCUUGGAAAUCAUAGGCUCUGUGAUGGCAUCCCACAAUUACAUCUACCUGCAUGCCCCAAAAAUAAACACCAUUCAUCUCGAGGACUACUUUCCCCAGAAGUGGUCAUCCCUAUAUCUUGUUCACUUGCAUUCAUAAUUGCUCUAUCAUGCUUCUUUGGUGCUCGUUCAUUGUUGAAAAAGUCAAGAGAUGGACUUGUAACUUCACGUUCUUAUAAGGAUUGGAAUUUAGGUGUUUCCUACUCACAACUUGUUGAAUCGACUAACGGUUUCUCUGUGGAUAAUUUGAUUGGUUUGGGAAGUUUUGGUUCUGUUUAUAAAGGGGUAAUUCCUAGCAAUGGAACGGUAGUUGCUGUUAAGGUAUUAAACCUUCAACAACAAGGAGCGUCCAAGAGUUUUAAUGAUGAAUGCAAAGCUUUAAGAAGUGUCAGGCACCGAAAUCUUGUCAAGAUCAUAACUGUAUGCUCGAGCAUUGAUAAUCAUGGUAGACACUUCAAAAGUCUAGUCUUCAAGUUCAUGCCAAAUGGAAGUCUUCACUCGUGGUUGCAUCCUAGAGAUGAAGAGCAAUCUCCUCCAAGUAAGAGAUUGAAUUUUAUGCAAAGAUUGAACAUAGCCAUUGAUGUUGCUUCUGCAUUAGAUUAUCUCCACAACCAUUGUGAAACGUCCAUUGUUCAUUGUGAUCUAAAGCCGAGCAAUGUACUUCUUGAUGAAGACAUGGUAGCCUAUGUUGGGGACUUUGGUUUAGCAAGGUUCCUCUUGGAAGCAUCAAAUGAUCCUUCCCUCAAUCAAACAAUGUCAUCACAACUAAAGGGUUCUAUAGGUUAUAUUCCUCCAGAGUACGGCAUGGGAGGCCAAGUUUCCAUACUAGGAGAUGUUUACAGCUACGGGAUACUCUUACUAGAAAUCUUCACAGGAAAAACACCCACUGAUGAUAUGUUCAUCGAAGGUCUAAGCAUUUACAAAUUCGUAGCCAUGGCUUUGCCCGACCAUGUCAUGGAUGUUGUUGACCCUUCAUUGCUCCUUGACCUCGAAGCUGAUGGUAGUGUUAACGAUGACAGAUAUGAAAGGACUACGUUGCCCAAACGUAACAAUCGCGGAGUGGUGAAAGCAAAAAAGGUAAAGGAAUGCUUGUUUGUUGUGAUGCAAAUAGGACUCUCCUGUUGUGCAAUAUCACCAAGGGAGCGGAUGCUUCUGAAUAUGGUUGUCAGAAAAAUGAGUGCAAUUAGAGACUCGUACCUCAAAGUUCAAGAAGGCUAAAGAAGGAUAAAGAUAUGCUGCUUGUGGUUUUUCUUUUCUUAUUUUUCUCUACUUUUCCUACCAUCGCUUUGAACCUUGCCUCUUUUAUGUUAGCGGUUGUUUUAAACGAACGAAGUUUUCAUUUGUAUGACUUGAAGCUUUCAAAUUCUUAUUUGUGUGGAGCUAUUUGUAAUUGUCUUGGUUAUGUCAAUCUUGUUUAGAAUCUAAUAAA